CUCCUCCUCCCUGCCGAGGCUCAGCGGAGAGGAGGAGAGAUCUCCCUCUUUCUGCUGGUCUCUCUCAGUCCAUCGGAACCUCUCACAGUGUCAGCCCGGCUCUACAAUGGAGAGAGGGGCAAUGCUGGCGGUGUGUGUGCUGUGCUGGAGCGGCACGGUGUGUGUGGUGACGGCCAUCCAGAGGACUGACAUGUUCCCGUACGGCUCUCUGAGCGGAGACCAGAUCCUGGCAGAGGGCGACGAUGAAACCUCCAGAGUGCUGUCCCUGCCCAGACCCGUGUACUUCUACGACUCCCUGUUCUCACAUCUAUAUGUGGCUACCAACGGUAUCAUAUCAGGCCAGGACCUGCCGAUGGAGAAGCAGUACGUUGACGACGGCUUCCCAACGGAUUUCCCCGUGGUGGCUCCAUUUCUGGCUGACAUCGACACCAGCGGAGGGCGAGGACAGAUCUACUACCGCGUGACCGAAACUCCCAGUGUACUCAACAGAGUGGCCCAGGAAGUACAUCGAGGGUUCCCAGAUGCGAAAUUCACGCCCACACAUGCUGUGGUUGCAACAUGGGAGAACGUGGCUGCGUACGAGGAGCCAACCCGAACCAAUGGACCUUCAAACAAGGUCAAUACCUUCCAGGCAGUGAUUGGUUAUGAUGAGACCGAUUCAUAUGUCCUGUUCUUGUAUCCUGAAGGUGGCCUGAACUUCUUUGCGACACGCCCCAAGGAGUCUUAUAAUGUUGAAAUAGAGCUUCCAGCUAGAGUUGGCUUCAGCAGAGGAGAAGUCACAUAUCUGAUCUUCUCCAGAACUGAAGGACCGUACUACAGCGCUACAAGUGAUGAGCAGAGUGUGAAAAACCUCUACCAGGUUGGUAACACAGGAAUUCCAGGUGUCUGGCUUUUCCAUACUGGGAACCGGUACUCUUUUGACAACAUUGUCCCUGCAUCCAUUGGUGGCCAGCUGAACACUCCACCAACCGGAGGACACGGCCUCUCCCUGGACACCACCACCCCCGAGUACAGUGAGUUUGAGGAAUAUGAAGACAAUAAUUUUGACGGUGAUAACCAGGAGGAGGAAGAUAAUUACCCUCAUACAGGCGGGGACCCUGACUUCCAGCCAGCCACUGCCGGUGGGGACCACUCAGCGUCCGUUCAGCCAGCAAGCCCUGAUGCUCCCUCCUCGCGUGCAGAGGAUUCUGGUCAUCAAGAUGUCCCAUGGACCUCUGAACCCAGGUACAAUCCAGAGCCAGCAGAGAGGCAGUAUUCCAACCCUUCAGAAAGACGACCAGAGGGACGUGCUGAGCGGACUCAGGAACAGCAACCACAGCUUCCUCUGGAGGUGGUGGAUGUCUACCCCCCUCACAGAAAUGAACCCAAUCUUUCCCCUGGAGGUCACGUGGUCAGCGUGGAUGAAGACGACAUUGAUUUUGACACAGGAGUGAUUCAGUACACGACAGAGAAUAAGGAAACAUGUGCGAGAUUCCAACAGCAUUGCUCCCAGAAUGCAUUCUGCUCCGACUACGCCACAGGCUACUGCUGUCACUGCCGCCCUGGCUUCUAUGGAAACGGUCGCCAGUGUCUACCCGACGGUGCCCCUCAGCGUGUUAGUGGUAAGGUGACCGGAACAGUGACCGUCGGUUCGACUCCAGUGGAGAUAAACAACAUCGAUCUUCACGCCUACAUCGUGGUGGGAGACGGCAGAGCGUACACUGCCAUCAGCGAGGUACCCGAGCCAGUGGGCUGGGCUCUGAUGCCGCUUGCACCAAUAGGAGAGCUGUUUGGAUGGCUAUUUGCUCUGGAGCUGCCCAAAAGCCAAGCAGGGUUCAAAAUCACAGGUGCUGAGUUCACUCGUCGCGCUGAGGUGAUCUUCUAUCCCGGCAACCAGCGCCUGUCAAUCAUCCAGACGGGACGCGGCCUUGAUGACCACAACCACCUCACCGUGGAUACCGUACUCAGUGGAGACGUGCCCUUCCUGCCCCCUGGAUCUGAAGUUACCAUGGAUCCCUUCAAGGAGACCUACCAGUACUACCCAUCUGUUGCCACCUCCACCUCUGUGAGGGAGUUUUCUGUCGUUUCGGCGGAAAAGGGCUCAGAGUCCUUCUCCUUCCAGCUGAAGCAAAACAUCACCUACCGCGACUGUCGCCACGACAACCGCGCCACUGUCCCGGAGACGCUGCAGAUCACCAUGGAGAGGGUGUUUGUGAUGUACGUCAAAGAGGAAAGGAUCCUGAGAUACGCCAUCACCAACAAGAUCAGCCCGGUCGGAGUGGAGCCAGCGGGGCCGGACCAGGUGAACCCCUGCUACUCAGGGAGCCAUGACUGCGACACCAGCCAGUGCCUCCCCCAGGAGGGCCAGGCCUUCCAGUGCCAGUGCGCUACCGGUUACAGAGGGGACGGACGCAACUGCUACGACGUAGAUGAGUGUGCUGAGGGCCUGAGCUCAUGUGGUGCUCAUGCUCAGUGCAUGAACCUGGCCGGGAGCCACCGCUGUCCGUGCCAGAGCGGCUACGAGUUUCGUUUCAAUUUGAGGAUGUGUUUAUACUUUUUUCUUUCUGCUUCCUUUGUUUUCUUAGAUAUCGAUGAAUGCAGCUCCUCUCCCUGUCACGUCAGUGCCAGAUGUAUCAAUGGACUGGGCUCCUUCCAGUGUCAGUGCCAGCCCGGGCUUUAUGGGGACGGUUUCCAGUGUUCCCAGGAGGAAGGAGAGACAAGUCGCCCGAGGAGCCAGUGUGAGCAUCACAGGGACAGCCUGCAGAGUGGAGGGGAAGCAGGAAGACCCAGUGUGGGAGCCUUCAUCCCUCAGUGCGACUCUGACGGAGGCUACCGGACUCUGCAGUGUCACGGCUCCACUGGACAUUGCUGGUGUGUGGACAGCAGGGGACAGGAGAGAACAGGAACCAGGACUCUACCUGGAACAGCUCCCUAUGAAUGUGACAGACCAGAUGAGCCAGAGCGUCCUAAGACUCACUGUCAGCACCACAGAGACGGUGUGCAGACCACCAGUCCAGAGGGAUAUCCUAUAGUUGGAGCCUACGUACCUCAGUGUGACGAUAAUGGACAGUACACAUCACUGCAGUGCCAUGGUUCCACUGGACAUUGUUGGUGUGUGGACGGUAAUGGACAGGAGAGAGCAGGAACCAGGACUCCAUCUGGUUCCUCUCCCACAGACUGUAACAAACCAGUUGAACCAGAGCGUCCUAAAACUCACUGUCAGCACCACAGAGACAGUGUUCAGACCACCAGUCCAGAGGGAUAUCCUGUUGUUGGAGCUUAUGUACCUCAGUGUGACGAUAAUGGACAGUACAUAUCAUUACAAUGUCAUGGCUCUACUGGACAUUGUUGGUGUGUGGAUAAUAGGGGACAGGAGAGAGCAGGAACCAGGACUUCUCCUGGUACCCAACCUAAAGACUGUGACAGACCAGAUGAGCCAGAGCGUCCUAAGACUCACUGUCAGCACCACAGAGACGGUGUGCAGACUACCAGUCCAGAGGGAUAUCCUAUAGUUGGAGCUUAUGUUCCUCAGUGUGACGAUAAUGGACAGUACACAUCAUCACAGUGUCAUGGUUCCUCCGGACAUUGCUGGUGUGUGGAUGAAAGGGGACAGGAGAAAACAGGAACCAGGACUCCACCUGGUGCACCACGUAAAGACUGUGACAGACCAGAUGAGCCAGAGCGUCCUAAGACUCACUGUCAGCACCACAGAGACGGUGUGCAGACCACCAGUCCAGAGGGAUAUCCUAUAGUUGGAGCUUAUGUUCCUCAGUGUGACGAUAACGGACAGUACACAUCAUCACAGUGUCAUGGUUCCUCCGGACAUUGCUGGUGUGUGGAUGAAAGGGGACAGGAGAAAACAGGAACCAGGACUCCACCUGGUGCACCACGUAAAGACUGUGACAGACCAGAUGAACCAGAGCGCCCUAAAACCUACUGUGAGCAGCACAAAGACAGUGUUCAAACACACAGCCCAGAGGGAUACCCUCUUCUGGGAGUGUAUGUACCUCAGUGUGACUCCACCGGACAGUACACAUCUCAGCAGUGUCACGAUUCUACUGGAUAUUGUUGGUGUGUGGACAGUAGAGGACAGGAGAAAGAUGGAAGCAGGACUUCAGAUGAUACACAACGUGUGGACUGUGACAGACCAGAUGAGCCAGAGCGCCCUAAGACUCACUGUCAGCACCACAGAGACGGUGUCCAGACAACCAGUGCAGAGGGAUAUCCUGUCGUUGGAGCUUAUGUACCUCAGUGUGACGAUAAUGGACAGUACAUAUCACAGCAGUGUCAUGGCUCUACUGGACAUUGUUGGUGUGUGGAUAAUAGGGGACAGGAGAGAGCAGGAACCAGGACUUCAGCUGGUGCACCACCUAAAGACUGUGACAGACCAGAUGAACCAGAGCGUCCUAAGACUCACUGUGAGCACCAGAGAGAGAGAGCUCAGACUACCAUUCAAGAGGGAUAUCCUGUAGUAGGAGCCCAUGUGCCUCAAUGUGACGCUAACGGACAGUACCUACGACUGCAGUGCCACACUUCCACUGGACAUUGUUGGUGUGUAGACAGUACGGGACAGGAGAGAGCAGGAACCAGAACUCCAGCUGGUACACAGCCUAAAGACUGUGACAGACCAGGCCCCGUGGCUCCGACCCAGCGCCCCGAGAGUGUGUGUGAGCGAUGGAGGACCAGUUUGAUUGAGCACUAUGGUGGAAAACCAGGGGCUCAACAAUACGUGCCUCAGUGCGAGUCGGACGGACAGUUCAGUCCAGUCCAGUGUUACGGAGAUACUACGUACUGCUGGUGUGUGGACCAGGACGGGCGCGAGGUUCCUGGAACCCGAUCACAUGAUGUGGUCAAACCUGCAUGCCUUCCCUCAGUGGCCCCGCCCACCGUGCGCCCCUUGCCCCGCCCAGAUGUGACGCCUCCGCCAAACACUGACAUCACACUGCUGUACGCUCAGGGACAGAAGAUAGGAGCGCUGCCUCUCAACGGGACCAGACUGGAUGGAGCCCGCUCCAAAACACUACUGACUCUACAUGGUUCCAUAGUUGUUGGCUUAGCCUACGACUGCAAAGACAACCAGGUCUAUUGGACAGAUUUGUCUGCAAGGACAAUCAACAGAGCUUCGAUUGCGGCCGGUGCCGAGCCAGAGAUCCUCAUUAACGCGAAUCUGGUCAGUCCCGAGGGUUUGGCUGUGGAUGAAAAGCGCAGGUUGAUGUUCUGGGUCGACUCGAACCCCGACAUGAUCGAGAGAGCCAACCUGGACGGCAGCGGGAGGCGGACGCUGUUUGACUCCAACUUGGUCAACCCUCGAGCCAUCAUAGUGGUCUCUUCCACUGGCACUCUGUAUUGGACCGACUGGAACCGAGAGGCUCCGAAGAUCGAGUGUGCGUCAGUGGACGGACAGAACCGCAAGGUGGUGGUGUCUGACGGCAUCGGUUUGCCCAACGCUCUCACGUACGACUCUUCCUCCUCUCAGGUCUGCUGGGCCGAUGCAGGUACGAAGCGGUUAGAGUGUGUGUCCCCGGAUGGUUCCAACCGGAGAGUGGUCCACCCCAGCCUCAACUACCCGUUCAGCAUGGUGUACUACAGGAACCACUUCUACUACACUGACUGGAGGAGGGACGGAGUGAUCGCAGUGAACAAAGACAGCAGUCAGAUCACGGACGAGUUCCUGCCUGACCAGCGCUCUCACCUGUACGGCAUCGCUAUAGCAACCACCCAGUGUCUAUCAGGGAGCCACUAACGACAGAGCGGCAGCUGCAGGGUCCUCUGGUGCUAAAGUUCGGGGCCCACUCCCGAUCGGAUGGUAGGACCUCCUGAAGAAGUGUCUCCAGUGUCCCUCCGAAGAAAAAGGGAUGGUGGCUGCCAGAUCGACUGUCAGCAAAUUAACAUCCCCUCCACUCCCCCUGACCCCGAGCCCAUUAUCUCACCUUAAAGAUAUAACCCCCAAAUAAAUGUUUUGUAAAUUUGUUUUAUACCUCAUUUUUAGUUUGUUUUUUUACUGUAUUUUUGUACGCCAGUUGUUUAUCUUUCGAUUAAAGCUACAGAACAAUGAAACCUGAUUUUUAAAUGUAAGAGAACAUUUGUUGAUGAGACGUUGAUACCACUGUCAUUUUCAAGUUCCGUUACCAUUGUUGAGUGACAGAAAAGUGUUUUUGUAAUCAGAUUACUGUAAUCAGAUUGUAAUGUUUCCCUCAGUCAGAUCACAGCAGUCUCUGCACUCAUAAUCUGUAUUUCACACACCAUGAAAAGACGUUACAAUCUUUUUUUGCCAAAUAUUUUUACUACUACUACUUUUUAAAUCUUUAUCUUUUUAUAAGAUGUGAUAUUUAUAACAAUAAAAUGUGAUUUGGUACUUGA